AUGUCGACCCCGGUUAGCCCCGUUGAGCACAAGCUCCCCCAGCGGUCGGGGACUGUCUCCAGCAGCUUCACCCGUCGCACCUCUAUGAGUGACGAUGAGGCCAUCCCCGAUACCGAUAGUAGCCAGGUUAGUCAGGGCCAUUCCUAUGCAUUCCGGUUCCGCGCGGACCCGCCAUACAACCCCCCCCCCGCGACUACCAACCUCCUAAUCGAACGCCUACGAGCGUGGAAGCAUGUGUGCGGAAACCUGGAGGACUAUUUGAACGUCACUUCUAAGAUCUCCAAGUCCCAGUCGAAGGAUCACGAGAAAAUCCUCAAGGUCGGUGGCCGCACGGUUAAUGAUCCAUUGAAAGAGGCACACCACUUCAGCUCCAGUGCUGGUGGUGUAGCAGGCUUGGUCGAGAAUAUUCGCAACAAUUCUCAGGGAAUGGUCAACAUGUACCUCGAUACCGAGAAGAACCUCAAGGGCAGCGUUCUCCCCACCCUCGAACGUCUGCACAAAGAGAUUAAGAAUAAAUCCAAGGAAUUGAAGUCAGGAGCGGCCAAGGGUGCCAAAGCCGUUGAAAAGGCCCGCCAACUGACCCAAAAGCACAUCGAGCUGCUGGGCCAGAACUCUGCCACCCACGAUUCCUCGUUCGGCAACAAGAUCGAGACCGCGCACGACCCCUACAUCCUCAAGCGCGGUAUUAAUCACCGUCUAAACAAACAAAUUAUCGAGGAGAACAAUCACCGAAAUGAUAUUCUCGCCGUGCAGAACUCAUUCCAGUCAUUCGAGGCCCAUGUGCUGCAGACCUUGCAAGGCGCCUUGGAGCAGUUCUUCCAGAUUAUGGGCGCGCAGCUCGAUCGCCAACGAGCAAUGUAUGGCGAGAUUCUGGCCACCGCGCAACGCAUCCCGCCUGACUUUGAGUGGGUCAACUUUGUCGUUCGCAACGACUCGACGCUGGUUAACCCGGACUCGCCUCCCCGCACAUUCGAGAGUGUCACCUUCCCCAACAUGGAUCACAAAUCUACGCAGCCUCUCCUAGAAGGUUCUCUCGAGCGUCGUUCCCGUGCUGUCAUCAAGGGUUACAGCACCGGCUACUACGUUGUCACGCCAGCUCGUUACCUGCAUGAGUUCAAGGACAAUGACGACUUCCGCCAGGAUCCUACUCCUCAGCUGUCUCUAUACUUGCCCGACUCCAUUGUUGGUGCCAUUGAUGGUGUGAAAUUCAACGUCAAGGGUAAGGAUGUGUCCAGCGGUAAGGUUGGCAAUGCAUUCCACACCACCACCGACCUUAGCUUCAAGGCACACUCGGCCGCUGAUGCCGAGAAGUGGUGGUCCGUUAUCAAGGAUUCCACUCGUAGCCCUGUCCCUACCGCUGGAUCUCUUGCAUCGCCCACCGCAACUUCGCCAACCGCAGCUUCGCCAACUGCUGCUGCUGCUGCUGCACCCACCAGCCCAUCUGCUGCUGUUAGCCCCUCCGGUAGCGCCACCCAGAACCAGCCCCCGGUAUACGCCGAGAAGGAUAAGGAAACUGCCAGCAGCCCGGCUUCGACGACCCCUGCCUCCCCCGCCAUCGAUGCCAAGGAGAAGGCCCCCACCCCCGGUAUCAGCCGGACUGCCAGCACUGCCAGUCACUUCCACACUUCUCCCGGAGGAUCUGCAGUGGCAGGAAGCUCCGAGAAGUCAUGA